AUGGAGAGGAUAAGAAAAGAGAUGAUAUUGAUGGAGAGGGGGCUGCACAGUCCGGUCGCAGGGAAGAGGCUCGCAGACAGCACGCCGGGAAACUCAGUGCUGGAGGCCCUGGAGAACUCGCAGCACAGCGGACGGCUCAGCCCGAGAAUAACUUCGGCUCAGCUACAUGGGAAUCUCGGGGACAUCCCGACGAAAAGCAAAUUCGAGAUUGAGAGUCUUUUCGGCACGCACCACAACAGCGAAAACAGCUCAUCGGCGGAGAUCUCGUCGUCGGAAAGCCGGAAGAAAAUGAGCCUUUAUUCUGAAGUUUCUCCAGAUUCAGAUAUUAACAGUGAUGUGGAGGUGGGAUGCCCUGCGCACCGUUCCCCGAGCCAGCACAAGGAGAACAACAAAGGUACUAAUGCAGCUUUUUACACAGUUACGAGUUUAAGUUUCUUAUGUGGCUAAAGGACUAUUAGGCCUGGAGCUAUUUUUAUUUAAGGCCAUUAUUAUUUACGUAAGGAAGCAAAAUAAACCUACCUAUAAUAAUAAUUAUUACUGUAAGGCUUUUAUUUUGUUAUCAUGUUUGUUAUUUUUGUGAUUGGUCUGCUGUUUUAUGUUAUUUUUAACAGUAAAUGAUGUAAAAUACUACAAAUAAUAACCUGUUCAUUUAUUUGAAACAUAUUAGCUCAACCAUUUUCUUUUUUUUUUCAAAAUAAAAUCAGUUUUAGCCUCACACUCUGAUAGACUUUAUUAUUUUAACAUUAUCUGAUAUUAGAAUAUUUUAUUUUAUUUUUUCGUUUUAACUGAUUGGAUGAUUUAUUAUAGGUUUUUCAGACAGUAAUUCCGGCUCGUCCGGCUCGAACUCCCUCGCCAAUAUGAACGGUAAUUCAUCGGGAGGAUCAAACAAUUCCAAUUCGGACCAAGUGAGGAGAUACCGGACAGCUUUCACGCGAGAACAGAUCGGAAGACUGGAAAAGGAGUUUUACAGGGAAAAUUACGUUUCCAGGCCGAGAAGAUGUGAAUUAGCAGCAGCACUAAAUCUGCCCGAAACGACCAUUAAGGUAAGAGAUUAAUCUUCAUUAUUGCUGAAGGUCCACUGUGUGUGUCGAUGUGUUUGUGAUUGUGCAAAUGAGAAAAAUAGGUUAUUAUACUGGGCUAACUUGCAGUAAAAAAUAUCUUUAUUUACAGCAUCCUCUCUGCACAUUUUGUGUUUACACUGACCUGUGCAUUAUGCUUUUUAAUUUAAAUUCUGCUGCGUUUGUGUGAAGCAGUCAUUUCACACGUUUUUAAUUAUUUGCAUCAAAACAAAAUGCAAAAGAAAAAAAGGAUGAAGCUUUAUGUUUGUGUUUAUUUUCACGCACGCUGCAUGCCAUAUUUUUAAAGCUAUUAUUAUUAUUGUUGUUGUUGUUGGCUCGGUGCAGGGCUCAGUGUGUCUAAAUCCAGAGCUUGAAAACAACAUGGCAGUUUCAGUAUGGCCCUUGUUGUUGUCUCUGUGUUCAGGUGUGGUUCCAGAACAGGCGGAUGAAGGACAAACGGCAGCGUUUGGCGAUGUCCUGGCCUCAUCCAGCCGACCCAAGCUUCUACACCUACAUGAUGACGCACGCGGCAGCUACAGGAAGCCUACCUUACCCUUUCCACUCGCACAUGCCUCUACAUUACUACCCUCACGUCGGUGUCACUGCAGCAGCGGCCGCCGCGGCAGCCACCGGUGCAGCCUCGUCACCUUUCGCCACCUCCAUCCGGCCCCUCGACACUUUCCGGGCACUCUCCCAUCCUUACUCACGGCCCGAGCUCCUGUGCAGCUUCAGGCACCCGGGACUCUACCAGUCACCCGCAGGCCUCAACAGUUCCGCAGCAGCGUCAGCGGCAGCGGCGGCUGCGGCAGCGGCGGCGGCGGUCAGCGCGCCGUCAGCCACCGGGCCUUGCUCGUGUCUGAGCUGCCACAGCAGCCAGGCCGCGAGCGCGCUCGGCUCCAGGAGCGCGAGCGCUGACUUUACCUGCACAGCUUCAGGGCAAAGAUCCGAGAGUGGAUUUCUGCCCUACUCUGCCGCUGUUCUCAGCAAGACCUCAGUCCCAUCACCAGACCAGCGAGAGGAAAGUUCACUCAACAGAUAA